GCGCGGUCGCGCCCCAGAAGCCGCUGAGAGACAUCGUCGCCAUCUACUUUGGCUCUGCGCGGCGCGCGGGAGUCGGCUAUUGGCGAAGCGCCUCGCCCUCAGCUUCUUGCCGAACGGCGAUUGGAGCAAGACGGAUUGCGUGGAGGUGUGCGCCCCUGUGGGCGCCGCGUAUGAUGGCGCGGAGAUUCGUGAGACAGUUUCGGAGUCUGUGGUGAAGUGUUUGGUUGGGUCCAGGUUCACUGUUUAUGAUAAGUCAAAGUGGACUCGGUCAGAUCAAGCGUGGGGCGAGUUCUGCUUGCUGGAAGGCGUCCACGGUCUCAUCAGCGCCGCGUGCCCUGUAUGGUGUGCAGAAGAACGUGCGAGCGGGCUUGAUGAUGCGGCCCCUGGUCACCUCCCUGCCCCUGCCGACCUGCCCGCGUCGGUCUCCCACAUGAAGGAGAUCCUGGACUACCAGGGCAGCGGCAACAAUGACGACAAGGCCGAUGGCGCUGGGGUGGGCGCCGCCGACUCCAGGCAGAUAAAAGAGGAUAACGAGAAGAGGGAGAGGUGUUGCCCGCUGGCGUGCUCGCUGGUGGUUCGCCGGGCCAUGGAGCCACUGCGGGAGUUGCUGAAGGCGCACUUGGAACACGUUGGCGCGGAGCGCGCCGCGCGUCAAGAGGCAGAGGCAGCCCGGGGCGUUUCCGAGGAUUGUUCCGAUGGGGGGAGGCCAGGCGUACCCGGUUCAAUUGAGGCCAAAUUCCAUAGUAAGACCCAGCUGUUGCUGCAUCGCAAGGAGCUCUGGGUGGACUUUAUCCCGCCAGAUCACCAGACCUUGAGCAUGAGAGCGCUUGCGUUUCGAAUGAUAUCGUCAUGCGCUUGCUUAGCCAGCGAGGGCCUGGACGUCCAGCACAACACGUUCCCCAUGAAGUUGUUUCGGUUGCUCGGGCCGAGGGGUGCCGACGUCGACUUGCACAUUCCGCCGUGCUUGUUCGACGAGUGGUCGCUCGAUUUCGUGACGAGGUAUCAGGAUCGCCCUGGAGGACUGGAAAACGAGGAAGCCAGGGCAGAGCUUCGCCUUGUAGCAAUGCUUGCUGGAGUUAAUAUUGCCCCCGUCGAGGCCGCUCACUCGGCCGUGCGGCGGAGGCUGUUCACGAAGGGCAUUCAGACCUGGACCCAAGCCUUCGAGGAGCUCUCGGCGGAGUUCCUGCUCGACCGCAUCCGCCGCUUCGGGAAGGCGUGGGAGGUCGUCGCCAACAGCGAUGGCCCUGGCGCCGAGGGCGCCGUCGAACCUGCAGACCAGGAGGGAGAGGUGGAACAAUAUGGGCGGGGGGGCGGUGGCGGACCGUGGAGGGCAUGCGCGCGGCAGGAGACAGCGAAUUGUGGCGAGCAGAGGCCGAACAUGAGGGAUGUCGCCAUCCUUUACCGCAACCUGAGCGAGCAUGAAAUGUCGGAGCUCCAGAGCUUGGCUGUGCUGUGCGAUCGCGCGGUUCAGACUGCGAUGCAGUGCGCGCCAGCUGACAGGCAGCUCGACCUGGGCGCUAUCCAGGAGAUGGCGCGGGCGGCUUUGCAAGCCGAGCAGCUCGCCCUCAGGGCCGACGAUGCGAGGGCCACUAAGUGCCCGGUGAUGUGGCGCGAGGCCGUCAAGGGCAAGGUCGAGGAGUUGUUGGUUUCCGAGAUGGCGAAUUUUGCAGAGUGCAUGGCGACGCUCAGCGCAGCGCCGCACCGAUGCCAGAACCUGUUUGACUUUCGGCACCCCGCUGAGCUCUCAGCGCUCGGCGCCGCCUUGGCCAAGGACCAGUCGCUGAAGUCCAACGCGGUGAAGUCGCUGGAGAGCUACUGGGUGGCCUUGCACGCCCCCAUCAUGCACGUCGACUGCAAGCCGAUCGCCCCCGAGCCCAAGAAGAAAAAGUUGGAGAGGCCGCCAUGCCGCACAAUCCGGAUGUGCCUCUGCGGAUCUACGGGCGCGCGAUUCGCGAGGCCCCGAGAGGGCUUCCACAGCGCCCUCAAGCAGCUGACGAAAAAGGGGAGCAUGGGUCGCCAGCACCUUAUCGAUCGUAAGGUGGUCGUUCAUCUCGUGGGAACGCUCCCCGAGAGGGAUGCUGCUGAGUCCGCCUGGGACGAAGCGGAGCAAGAGGAGGGCUGCGCCCUAGACAUCUGGUGGCACGUCGGCGCCUCUUCGCUCAGCCCGUACAAGUGCACGUACCGAGUGUUGGACUUCGUGGAGAGGCAGUUGCGGGACGGUUCCGUGGAGAUGCUUUUGAAGGCGCCGUGGUAG